GAGUAUCAGGGUCAGGAUGCGCGAGUGGCUUUCGAGCGUCUAGCAGAGGCGCGGGCGUCGCGGUCGGGGGGCGCCGAGGGGUGUCAGGGCCGCUUGGCGCCCGCUCGGCCAGCGUCGAGCAUCGCAGAGCCACCGUCGCGUGGGUCCUUGGCGUCGAGGCAGGAGGCGCCCUCGUCGGGUUGGUCUGCUUGGCGACGGACGACCAAAGACACCUCGAUGGCGAUCGGCGGCGCCAUUGAGCGAGCAGGGCGGAGCUCGGUGCUUGUUGGAGAUUGGAACGUCAGCCCCGAGAUGUUCCGCAGCCGCGCGGGCGCGGGGCCCGCGGCGAUCGGCGGCGCGGUGCGCAUUGCGUGCGACGAGCUCAUCGCGGCGGCGAUCCAUCUGGCGAUCGGGGGCGAGGAGCUUCGCAACUACCCAGGCGGGGGGCGCGAGGCGCUGGUGGUCGUGCUGCAGAGGCCAGCGAG